AUGGGCGUGGAGGGCGGCCAGGCCCUGGCCAAUGCUCUCUCGUGCGGCGCCUUGGCGAGGCUUGAGAAGCUCUUGCUGGACUUCAACCGCCUUGGCGACGUCGGGGUUGCAGCAAUUUCCAAUGCCGUCGGCGACGGCGGCGGGCUGGCGAGGCUCAGGGCGCUCUCGCUUCGCAGCAUCCAGGUCGGCGAUGCAGGCGCAUCGGCCCUCGCCGGCGUAAUCGCAAAGGGUGCGAUGGUUAGCCUGACCGACCUCGAUCUCUCUUACAACCUCAUCGGGGACCAGGGAGCCACGGCAAUAGCGCAGUCGACGGUUGGGCGGCCACCAUCGGUGGGGUGGCCUGGGCCGCGGGGGGGCCGCCUGCUUGUAGGGGCGCCGGCGGGUGGGCCGCUGUCGAAGCUGAAGACGCUGUGGUUGGGGAGCAACCAGAUUGGCGACGAGGGGCUGAGGGCGCUCUGCACGGUGCUGACGAACGGAUCCCUCGAGGGCUGCCAGCGGGUGCCGAUUUGGGGCAACCCGGCGAGCGAACAAAUGCAGGAGAAGCUGCGGGGCCUCGUCGCAAGCAGGAGCCGGAGGCGGCCCAUGGGGGUCACCGUGUGGACGCCAGCCGGGACGGGGAAUCGCCGCGCUCACCACAGGCACGCUGCCGGGGGCGCUUCUCAAAGAUGA